ACCUAUAUCUGCUCAGUCUCUGGUUUCUCUUCACUGAAUCUCUUUUCCCUCUUCUUUCAAGUUUUGAUUUUGUUUUUAUGCUAUGUUUAAGAAACUACUGGGAACAUAAAUUCCGUUUUGUAUGGGGUUUAUUAGCUUCGGACAGGGAAAGAAACGGAGAGAGAGAGAUCAAGUUCUCAUGAAAAAAGCUCAAUCUAUGUUGUUGGAAUCUGAGGGAAAGGAGUUCUGACAUAUCCGCGCAGCUAUUACGGGUUUGAUCUUAGAAUCAUGUCUCAGACAAACUGGGAAGCCGACAAAAUGUUGGAUGUAUACAUUUAUGAUUAUCUAGUGAAAAGGAAUUUGCAGGCUUCUGCAAAGGCCUUUCAAGCAGAAGGGAAAGUAUCUUCGGACCCUGUGGCUAUUGAUGCGCCUGGUGGAUUUCUCUUCGAAUGGUGGUCGGUUUUCUGGGACAUCUUUAUUGCUAGGACAAAUGAGAAGCACUCGGAGGUUGCGGCAUCUUACAUUGAGACACAAUUAAUCAAAGCGCGGGAGCAGCAACAGCAACAACAGCAGCAGCAACCCCAACAACAGCAGCAUCAACAGCAGCAGCAUCCACAUCAACAGUUACAGAUGCAGCAGCUUUUAUUGCAGAGACAUGCGCAACAACAGCAACAGCAGCAGCAGCAACAACAGCAGCAUCAGCAGCAGCAGCAGCAGCAGCAGCAGCAGCAGCAGCAGCAGCAGCAGCAGCAGCAGCAGCAGCAACAACAACAACAACAGCAGCAGCAGCAGCAGCAGCGGAGAGAGGGUCCCCACCUUCUAAAUGGCACUCCCAAUGGGCUUGUUGGUAAUGACACACUUAUGCGACAGAACCCUGGAACUGCAAAUGCUUUGGCCACAAAGAUGUAUGAGGAAAGGUUGAAGCUACCAAUUCAGAGGGAUCCUUUGGAUGAUGCAGCUAUAAAGCAAAGGUUCGGUGACAAUGUGGGUCAGCUUCUGGAUCCAAAUCAUUCUUCAAUGUUGAAGUCAGCUGCAGCUGCUGGCCAGCCGUCUGGGCAAGUAUUGCAUGGUACAGCUGGUGGAAUGCCAGGCACCCUCCAACAAGUUCAAGCUCGCAACCAGCAGCUGCCUGGAUCUACACAGGACAUAAAGAGUGAGAUGAAUCCAGUAUUGAACACCAGAGCUGCAGGUCCUGAUGGAUCAUUAAUUGGAGUUCCUGGUUCAAAUCAAGGAGGUAACAAUUUGACUUUGAAAGGAUGGCCACUCACGGGACUUGAUCAUCUUCGCUCUGGGCUUCUUCAGCAGCAGAAAUCUUUUAUGCAAUCCCCUCAACCUUUUCAUCAACUUCAGUUAUUAACACCACAGCAGCAACAGGUUCUGCUUCAGGCACAACAAAAUUUGAAUUCACCAUCUGCCAGUGAUGAAAGCAGAAGACUUAGGAUGCUCCUUAACAAUCGGAAUAUACCUCUUGGGAAGGAUGGCCAUUCCAAUUCUGCCAAUGAAGUAGUUCCAAAUGUUGGAUCACCAAUGCAAACUGCAUGCCCAGUUUUGUCACGUGGGGGUGACACGGAGAUGAUUAUGAAGAAAAUAGUUCAGUUGCAACAACAACAGCACAAUAGCAAUCAACAGCAGCAACAGCUUCAGCAGCAUGCACUUUCAACUCAGCAAUCUCAGAGUUCAAACCAUCAUCUCCACCCCCAGGACAAACUGGGAGGUGCUGGCAGUGUCACAGUGGAUGGAAGUUUGUCAAAUUCAUUUCGAGGCGAUCAGGCUUCGAAAAAUCAGAGUGGGCGAAAGAGAAAGCAACCUGUAUCAUCUUCAGGGCCUGCCAACAGUUCAGGAACUGCAAACACAGCAGGGCCCUCCCCAAGUUCUGCACCCUCAACGCCAUCGACUCAUACACCUGGAGAUGUGAUCUCGAUGCCUACUUUGCAACACAGUGGAAGUUCCUCUAAGCCUUUGAUCAUGUUUGGCUCUGAGGGAACUGGCACUCUAACAUCUCCAUCGAAUCAACUGUGGGAUGAUAAAGAUCUUGAAUUGCAGGCUGAUAUGGAUCGAUUUGUGGAGGAUGGAUCUCUGGAUGAUAAUGUUGAGUCAUUCCUUUCUCAUGACGAUACGGACCCCAGAGACACAGUUGGCCGUGGUAUGGAUGUCAGUAAAGGGUUCACAUUUACUGAAGUUGCCCAUAUUCCAGCAAGUACAAGUAAGGUUGUAUGUUGCCACUUUUCAUCAGAUGGAAAACUGCUUGCUAGUGGUGGGCAUGAUAAAAAGGCCAUAUUGUGGAACACAGAUUCUUUAAAGCAAAAAGCAACACUGGAAGAACAUUCUUUGCUGAUAACUGAUGUUCGUUUCAGUCCAAGCAUGCCACGUCUUGCUACAUCUUCUUUUGACAAAACCGUCAGGGUUUGGGAUGUGGACAAUCCAGGCUAUUCACUUCGUACCUUCACAGGACAUUCUGCUUCCGUCAUGUCAUUGGACUUCCACCCGAAUAAAGAGGAUCUCAUCUGCUCUUGUGAUGGAGAUAGUGAGAUACGAUACUGGAGUAUCAACAAUGGUAACUGUGCUAGGGUGUUCAAGGGUGGUACAACCCAGAUGAGGUUUCAACCUCGUGUUGGAAGGUAUCUUGCAGCUGCUGCUGAGAAUGUUGUAUCCAUAUUGGAUGUUGAGACUCAAGCUUGCCGGCAUUCACUGCAGGGGCAUACAAAACCAGUUCAUUCUGUUUGCUGGAAUCCUUCUGGUGACUUUGUGGCAUCUGUGAGUGAGGACUCAGUCAGAGUAUGGAACAUUGGCACUGGGAGCGAAGGGGAGUGUGUUCAUGAGUUGAGCUGUAACGGCAACAAGUUCCAUUCCUGCGUCUUCCAUCCCAAUUAUCCUUCUUUGUUGGUGAUUGGCUGUUACCAGUCUCUGGAACUAUGGAACAUGAACGAGAACCAGACAAUGACUCUGUCUGCUCAUGAAGGAUUGAUUGCUGCGUUGGCAGUAUCAAAUGUGACUGGGUUGGUGGCUUCUGCUAGUCAUGACAAGUUUGUCAAGCUCUGGAAGUGAUUGCUGUAAUUUGAUGGGUAAACUGCUUCUACUUGUGUAUUGGUAAAUCUUGGCAGGUCUAACGUUAGUGUUGUUUUGAUUGCAGUGGGUCUAGCAGGGAAAAAGGUUGCUAGACCUUGUCCAUGCAUCUUUUUAGUCCUACAAACCCCAGCUAACAUCUGAAGAGUCAUCACAUCAGGUACUAACCAUCUUGAUUGUCACCGUGGUAGUCGUAGUAGUGUCAGCUAGUUGUGAUACCAGCCUGUUAUACCAUUACAAUAUGAGGGGGGAUGCAACAUAGUAAAUCUGUCUUGGGUACUCUCUCUUGCUAACAUGCGAGUCUUUGGAAAUACUUCAAUUAGUUUUAACAGAUGUACAUACUCUAUAAAAUUCGUGCAUUGAUCUCAAACCAACACACCUUGAUGUAUUUGUGCCAUAAUGUCAAUUUGCUCGAGAUACUGUGCUACUAUAGUAGAUGUAGAUCUAUUUGGCCUGUCAAAGCCUUGGACC